CCAGACUACAAUACACAGCACAGAGAGGAUUACACACUCACACUCACUCACACACUCACACACACCCGCAGAGGACUGCUCAGUGUUCAGACUUCAUCAUGGCUCACAGUCCAGCAGCGCUCCUGUCUCUGAUCCUCUCCGUGUGGCUACACACUGCUUCAGGAUCCGUCCCUCGAGCUCAGAACAUCACCUGGAGAUCCACCAACUUCAAGACGGUGCUGAUGUGGGAGCCGGAGCCGUCAGAGGAGUUCUCCUACACCGUGGAGCUGGCAGCGGUGGGCGAGGACAAACGGAGGAUCGCCCACUGCGUCCGCUCGUCCCUCGCCACCUGUGACGUGUCCAUGUCCCUCACCAAGCUGGACGCCUGCUACACCGCCGACGUCCUGACCGAGCCCCCCCGGGGGACGCCGUCCGACCUGCCCGAGCCCCCCCACAGCAGCUCGCCCCGCUUCUGCCCCCACAGCGACACUGUCAUCGGCAGACCGGACUUCAAGCUGCGGGUGAGCGAGGACCAGCAGAAGACCACGCUGUUCGUCAGCGACCCCCUCACGGCCGUCUUCAGUGAUGGACGUCAGCUGAGCGUCCGGGACAUCUUCUCGGAGCAGCUGCAGUACCGGGUCACCUACCGCAGGAACAAGAGCACCGGCCAAAAAGUCCACACGUCCAAAAGCAACGAGAUCGAGCUGAGCGGCCUGGACCCGGGGGAGAGCUACUGCUUCAACGUCCAGGCCUUCAUCCCCAGCAGGACCGCCGGCAAGCAGCUGGGGGACAUGAGCGAGACACAGUGCUCCCAAGAGGACAACCCCUCCAUCUUCAAAGGUCAGUCCAGCAGGAGACCAGCAGAGGUGUCCCCACUCUGCCAGGUGUCCCCUCUCUGCCAGGUGUCCCCUCUCUGCCAGGUGUCCCCUCUCUGCCAGGUGUCCCCUCUCUGCCAGGUGUCCCCUCUCUGCCAGGUGUCCCCACCCUGCCAGGUGUCCCCUCUCUGCCAGGUGUCCCCUCUCUGCCAGGUGUCCCCUCUCUGCCAGGUGUCCCCUCUCUGCCAGGUGUCCCCUCUCUGCCAGGUGUCCCCACCCUGCCAGGUGUCCCCUCUCUGCCAGGUGUCCCCACCCUGCCAGGUGUCCCCUCUCUGCCAGGUGUCCCCUCUCUGCCAGGUGUCCCCUCUCUGCCAGGUGUCCCCUCUCUCAAAACAACUUUUCGAAAAUGGCUCCCAAAGUGGAAAGUUUAGAAAACUCUGUAAAUGAGGGUUAAUGAGACUUUCUGGAGAAAAGCAUGAAAGCUCCUGGUCCUGGUCUUGGUCUUGGUCCUGGUCCUGGUCGUGGUCUUGGUCUUGGUCUUGGUCCUGGUCCUGGUUCCAGUCCAUAUUCUCCAGGUCCUGGUCUCAGUGUUCUCCAUUGUUAAUGUUUAGUGUGUGUUGUUCUCUGUCGUUUCAUACAGCAGCUCCACCUAGUGGAGUAACAUGAAAACAACAUGGUUUUCAGUGUUUUCAGCUGUUGCCAUGGAAACAGGCAUAGUUUUCUCCAGCUGUUGCCCUGUGAGUGAGUCCAGAGAAGGAGGGUCUGGCUGGUGGAGCUGGUUUUAAAAAUG